AUGCCUCCCCCUCGCACACCACCAACAACUUUCCUCCUCCAAUCACACCACACAACGGGUCUAUCCUCGUCCCCGCGCGUUAAUAGCUACCACAAUCUCACUCGCAUAUCCACGCGACCAACGCGAUCACAAUCAUACCGACAUCACCGACACAAACACAACCUCGGGCCAUACCCAUUCCUCCUACACCUACACGUGCAAUCAUUCUCGACAAGUUCUAUCCGCCGUAAGGAGUGGGAACAGAAUUAUUAUGAGAUUCUUGAUGUACCGAUAACAGCUUCUGCGGCUGAGAUUAAGAAGUACGCCUACACCUACAUCUACGACUCUUCUCACCUUACCCUCUCAAUCCCAACACAUCCCCUCCCUCCACAAUUCCCUAAGCUCAAGCUGACUUGCCCCUUCAGAAAAUUCUACGCACUCUCCCUCCGCCACCACCCCGACCGCAACCGCACCGACCCAACCGCCAGCCAACGCUUCGCAAAAAUCUCCUCCGCCUACUCGGUGCUCUCCAACACACAAAAACGAUCUACCUACGAUCAGGAUCACGGCUUCCACCAUGCCCAUCACCAACAUCAUCAAUAUCCCACCGGCUCACACAGCAGCCACUCCGCGAACCUGCACAAAUCCAGCGCUGGAGGGUAUGCGGGGUCCAGGCCAGCAAGUGGACUAAGUAAUCGCCGCGGAACAUUCCGUGGACCACCACCUAGUUUUUACGAGCAGGGUGGUUACGGGGGGACAGGGAGGAGGGGAGAUGGAUUUGGAUUUUCGGCUGGGAAGGCUGGGCCUGGAGCUAGCACUACCGGAAGUUCAACAUCCUCUUCGAAAGCGACAGGCGGAUCCGGAGCCCAUCCCGACUCAGAAGACCCCCUGGCCUUCAUCCACCGCAACCCUCUCCACCACUUCAACGCACGGGCGCACUUCCGCACCCAAAAAGCCGAGGAUGAAAGGCGACGAGAACGUGUGUCCAAGGCUAGGAGCGCGGCGAGGGAGAAGGCGGAUUCGGAUUCGGAUUCGUUUAUUGCGGGUGGGGAGUUUGGGUUGGUGAGGUUUGUGGUGGUUUGUGGGAUUUUGGGGAUUGCGGGGGGAUGA